UUCUCAUCGACUCUCAGCAAGGGGACACCGAGAGCCGGCUCGAGGAUGAAGAGGAGAAUGUCUCGUGAAGAAGACGUGAUUCACGUACCAAUUGACUCAAAUAGCUUGAAAGAACCAUUGUUGCAAGUGCAAACAUCAAAGGAGACGCAUGCUGAGGACAAGAGGAGCUCCUUGUACGGGAGCGCAAGUCUUGUACAACUUGUGACCUUCUCAUGGCUUAACCCACUUCUCGCUACUGGAAAGAGGAAACCUCUAGAGCAGAAUGAAGUACCAGAUAUUGAUAAAAAUGACUGUGCUGAGUUCUUGUCUCACUCAUUCAACUGUUGGCUAAAUAACGUCAAAGAAAGAUAUGGCUCAAGAACUUCAACUAUCUACAGAGCAAUCUUCUUGUUCAUCUGGAAGAAGGCAGCAGUCAAUGCAAGCUUUGCAGUUGCAGCUGCAGGGGCCUCUUAUGUUGGACCUUCACUGAUUGACAACUUCGUUAGGCUCUUAGGAGGAGACAAGCAGCAUGGAUUGAAUAGUGGCUACAUACUUGCACUAGCAUUUCUUGGUGCCAAAGUUGUAGAGACCAUGUGUCACAGACAAUGGAUGUUUGGAGCCCUACAGCUUGUAAUGCGCUUAAGAGCUGUUCUAAUAUCCCAUAUAUACAAAAAGGGCAUCGUUUUAUCAAGCCAGUCUCGGCAGAGCCUAACAAGUGGGGAGAUUAUCAACUACAUGAGUGUGGAUAUCCAAAGGAUUACUGACCUGAUGUGGUUUUCAAACAUCAUUUGGAUGCUUCCUGUCCAGCUUGCACUAGCAAUAUAUGUUCUUCAUAAAAAUCUUGGAGUUGGAGCUUUGGCUGCAUUUGCAGCAACAACAAUGAUAAUGGUAUGCAAUAUUCCCUUAACUAGAGCACAAAAAAGAUAUCAGAGCAGAAUCAUGGAAGCUAAAGAUGCACGAAUGAAAGCAACUGCAGAAGUCCUGCGAAACAUGAAAAUCUUAAAACUUCAAGCCUGGGAUCUGCCAUACCUUCACAAGUUAGAAGGCCUGAGAAACACUGAGCACAAUUGGCUGUGGAUGUCUCUAAGACUGAAAGCAAUUUCAUCUUUUAUAUCCUGGGGAGCACCGAUGUUCAUAUCAGUGGUGACUUUCGGAACAUGUAUAAUCAUAGGAAUCCCUCUAACUGCAGGAAGAGUUUUGUCUGCAUUGGCAACAUUCGGAAUGCUGCAAGAACCAAUAUUUACUCUCCCCAAUAUGCUUUCAGUACUUGCACAAGGAAAAGUUUCAGGUGACAGAAUAGCAAAGUACCUGCUAGAAGACGAAAUGAGAGCCGACGUGGUUGAAAUUGUCCCCAGAAAUGAAGCAGAGGUUGAUGUUGAGAUUGAUCGUGGGACAUUUAGCUGGAACCAAGACUCUGUAUGCCCGACACUUGAAAAUAUACAUUUGAAGGUGCGUAGAGGAAUGAAGGUGGCUAUUUGUGGUACUGUUGGUUCGGGAAAGUCUAGUUUACUCUCAUGCAUCCUUGGAGAAAUACCAAAGCUUGGAGGGAGUGUAAAAGUCAGUGGCAGCAAGGCAUAUGUUUCACAAUCUCCAUGGAUACUAUCAGGAAAUGUCAGAGAAAACAUUGUCUUCGGUAUUCCUUUUGACAAUGAAAAGUACGAAAAUAUAAUUGAAGUUUGUGCAUUGAAGAAGGAUUUUGAACUCUUUGCUAAUGGGGACCUGACACAGAUUGGAGAGAGAGGUAUUAAUAUGAGCGGAGGACAGAAGCAAAGGAUCCAGCUAGCUAGAGCAGUCUAUCAGGAUGCUGAUAUAUACCUUCUUGAUGACCCUUUCAGUGCUUUGGAUGCUCAUACAGGCACUCAACUGUUCAAGGAUUGUUUGAUGGGUGUCCUCAGAGACAAAACUGUGCUUUAUGUUACCCAUCAAGUCGAAUUUCUUCCAGUAGCAGACCUUAUCCUGGUAAUGAAGGAUGGAAAAGUUGCCCAGGCUGGAUUGUUUAAUGAACUUUUAAGACAAAACAUCGGAUUUGAGGUGUUAGUUGGAGCUCACAGUGAUGCUCUUGAAUUAAUACUCAAUGCAGAAACCUCAAGCAAAUCAUUACUAGCUGCAGAGAAAAAUAUACUAGAGGCAUCAAAGGCAUCAAGCAACGAUUCUGAUGCAGAAAAAACAUUAAAUACUUCAUUCCAAAACAUCAAGAAGCAAGAGUCUGAACAUGAUAUUUGUCAAGAUAUGGCUGAUAGAGGGAGGCUAACACAAGAAGAGGAGAGAGAGAAAGGAAGCAUUUCGAAAGAUGUUUAUUGGUCAUACCUGACUGCAGUCCGAGGAGGAGCCUUGGUUCCCAUAAUAGUCAUAGCACAUAUAUUUUUCCAGGUACUGCAAGUAGCAAGCAACUAUUGGAUGGCAUGGACUUCUCCUCCAUCUACAACUACCGAAUCUACAGUCGGACUCAAGUUUCUCUUCUUGGUGUACAUACUUCUCUCAGUUGGAUGUUCAUUGUGUGUGUUGAUCCGAACAACUCUGCUCGUAAAAGCUGGCCUUUUGACAUCUCAAAAUUUUUUCCAAAAGAUGCUCCACUCUACCCUUCGUGCUCCAAUGUCUUUCUUUGACUCAACACCAUCUGGGAGGAUAUUAAGCAGGGCCUCUAUGGAUCAAAGUGUGCUCGACUUAGAUUUACCUUGGAGAUUAGGUUGGUGUGCAUUCUCAAUUAUACAGAUUCUGGGGACUAUUGCAGUCAUGUCACAGGUUGCUUGGCCAGUUUUUGCAAUAUUAAUUCCAGUGACAGCAAUAUGUAUAUGGUAUCAACAAUACUACAUACCUACUGCUAGAGAAUUGGCUCGUUUGUCAGAAAUCCAAAAAGCUCCGAUCCUUCAUCAUUUUGUAGAAUCACUCUCUGGUGCUGUAACUAUUCGAGCAUUUGGGCAGAAAGACCGUUUCAGCAAUACAAACCUCAGCCUCAUAGAUAAUCACUCAAGGCCAUGGUUCCAUAAUAUUUCAGCACUGGAGUGGCUCUCAUUCAGAUUGAAUUUGUUAUCCAACUUUGUGUUUGCUUUCUCAUUGAUUGUGCUUGUGAACAUGCCAGAAGGAUUUCUCAAUCCAAGCAUUGCAGGACUUGCUGUGACAUAUGGAUUAACCCUCAACUCACAGCUAGCAACUAUCAUCUGGAAUAUAUGCAACGUAGAUAAUAAAAUUAUCUCCGUUGAGAGAAUUAUGCAGUACUCAAGGAUUCCUAGUGAAGCUCCUCUACUCAUCGAAGGCUGCCGACCAACAACCAAUUGGCCACAAGUUGGAACUAUAUGCUUCAAAAACAUAGAGGUUAGAUAUGCUGAACAUCUGCCAUCAGUCUUGAAAAACAUAACAUGUAUAGUUCCAGGAAGAAAAAAGGUUGGUGUUGUAGGACGAACUGGCAGUGGCAAAUCAACUUUGAUACAGGCUCUUUUCCGUAUUGUUGAACCAAGAGAAGGAACCAUUGAAAUUGAUGAUGUAGACAUCUGCAAGAUAGGUCUCCAUGACUUGCGCUCCAGACUAAGCAUCAUACCACAAGACCCAAUUAUGUUCGAGGGAACAGUGAGGGGAAAUCUUGAUCCAUUGAAGGAAUACUCAGAUAGCAGGAUAUGGGAGGUUCUAGACAAGUGUCAGCUUGGUGAUAUGAUACGAAAAAAUAGCAAGAAGCUGGAUUCAACAGUUAUUGAAAAUGGAGAAAACUGGAGUGUUGGACAGAGGCAGCUACUCUGUCUAGGAAGAGCACUGUUGAAGCGAAGCAACAUUCUUGUUCUGGACGAAGCAACAGCCUCAGUUGAUACUGCCACAGAUGGAAUCAUCCAAGAAACACUACGUGAGGAAUUCAAGGACUGUACAAUUCUCACCAUAGCUCACAGGAUUCACACAGUCAUAGAUAGCGAUCUCAUUCUGGUUCUUAGCGAAGGAAAGAUACUUGAAUAUGACAAACCAUCCAUGUUAUUGGAAAGAGAGGAUUCAGCAUUUUCUAAGCUUAUAAAGGAGUAUUCAAUGAGAUCACAGAGCUUUAACAAUGCAACACAGUCCAUGUAACACAACUUAGUCCUGGAUUUUCCUAUCUUUAUAAAUGGCUGGUGUAAAGGCAACCCUUGGGACUCCAACAGAAUGAUAUGGGUAUUUUGUGCUAACUCAA